AUGGGGAUCAAUGUUCUGUAUAUUUUGGCGGCCAUAGCAGCCAUCGGCGCCGGAACACUCGUGCUCUUCGGAAAGCCAGCUAGGAAAUUUAUCUCAUUCCACUUCCGCACUCCAACCGAGCCACUGCAAAAGUACAAAUGGGCCGAUCACGCCCUCAUCGCAGGAGGCAGUACCGGAAUUGGCUUGGGCAUCGCAAAGGAACUAGUUAAACACGGAUUUGCCGUUUUCCUAACAGGAAAUGUAUCUGACGAGCUGCAAGCUGCGAAAGCAUCCAUCCAAUCCGCUACACCAGGCGCCCGGGUCACAUGCGUCAUCGUCGACGCCGUCAAUGCCUCAGCUAACCAGAUAGACGGCAUAGCGGACAUAUUUCGGGGCUUAAGAGUGUCCAUAUUGGUAAAUAACGUCGGGGAAACCCUUGGACAAUCAGGCAGACAUUCUGCCGCUGGUGGUGAUGCUAUGAGCCAUAGCGACCGGAUUUCGAGAUUUACGGCACGUCUUACGAUCGCCAUGCUGCCUCUAUUAUCCCAAGGACGAUCAAGGUACACAGGCGGGCUUGUGUUCAAUAUUUUAGACCAAGGAGUAGCCAUGCCAUACAGUGCCAUGUACGACGCCACUACGGCAUUUAGUCACAGACCUAAAAUCACUAAUAUUUUUUGGGAGCUGAAGGAUGCUCUAGAGGGAGGCCAAAUACAUUAUUUAGACGUUGCUCCCGGCGACCUGCUCUCCCAGAGAAACAGUAAAUAUGCGGCGUCAAAAGCGGAAUAUGUUGGCAAGCGAGUUAUUCUCAAUGUAGAUGAGGCACUAAAACAGAGUUCAAGGGCUAUUUGUCCGUAUUGGUGGCAUGAUUUAAAAUGGAGGUGGAUGAGUUGGAUGAAGAAAGACGUGUUGGAUCGCGAGGAGGUCAAGACUAUUGGCAUAAAGAGGGAUGGUUGGGACGCCUAUGCCGAGGAUAUGGAGUAG